GCUGUUCUGGCUCUGUUCUUUGCCAUUGCGAUGUUGUGUUGUCGCCGUAGGAGAAAGCAAAAAGAACCUCGUAAAAAGAUAGAAAAGGGCGACAUUAGACCGAUCGUGCCAUAUGGCGACCAGGAGCCGAUGAUGGUAGAUCACAACCACGAUGAGGAGAAGUUCAUCGGGUCACCCGUCAAGCACUCUCCGGAUGAGCCACCACAACUUGAGGUCGACCUACCUAUGCCGAUGCAACCACCGGUGAAGCCGAGACAUUUCCUUGGAGGCAGAGAUGCACGCCAGAGUAAAUUGUCUGUCGUUAGCUCUCUUGGUGAUGGAGAAGCAGCCAUACAAGCAGACUCCAAUAUUCCUGUCUGGGGCAGAGACUCGGGGACUACACACACGCCACAUCACAGCUAUUCAGCAGCAACAGAAUUGGCAAGACAAAACAUCCGAGCUUCACGCCAACGAUUGUCCGAGUUUGGAAGACUAUCUCCUAGCAAACGUGCAUCCAGAUUGAUCAAGAGCUGGCAUCCAGGUUUGGGCAUCACAACGCGGGGCACAGUGAUACGUCGUCCAAACAGAAAGAGCCGGUUGAGUAGCACCUUCUCCAUCACAAGAGACCGAAGCAGCCGAGGAUCUUUCAACACGCAUGGCACCAGCAUACUUUCGACCAAGCCAUCGGACUAUCUAGAUUCCAAUUCGAACAGGAAUUCGAGCAUAAUGCCUGCGGUACUUCUUACAGAAACAGAAAAUCGGCGUGCUCUGACAGAAGCAGAGAAACGUCGGAGUAUUCGUCUAGUCAGUCGGUCUGAAAGUGUCGUCGAUCGCAGACCUCUUGCUGAGAAACGGCAAUCUUUCAUCCGUAAUAGAGCGAGCAGUGGCGUGAUGAGUCCAGUGCUGUUCGCCUCAUCACGACGAUCCUCAAAUAUGGGCCUAUACAGCAAUCUCGGCUCGAUUAAAGGUAGUCCCAGUGUACGUCGACAAACUACCUCCUCAUCACUCCUCGAACCACCGGCUCGUAAUCCACGCCGCUUAGUCUCUGGUCCACACAUCUUCCCUCCUGGUCUCCCUCGAGCCAUCACUCCGUCCCCAGUCCGCGCUACCAACAACAACAGCCCUACCUUACCUCCAGCGAACACAGCAGAUAACUGGACAACAACAGACACCAGCAGUUCACUCUCCCGCGACAACUCAGACGCCCGAGCAGCAGCCCAAUACGCCGAAUACGCGGUAGAAAUGGAACUACCACGCCAUCAACGCACAUGGGUACGGCCAGGAGAAGCCUCACCAACGCCACCUCCAAGCAGUAUCCUCCGCACCGCCAGCGACAGCCGCGAAGCCGCACGUCGCAAAUGGGCAGACCGACUCAAUCGCAACAGCUCUGGAAAUCUUGCCUCUCGCUCGCCAUCGCCAUUGCGAGUCACGCUUAGCGGUGUCAGUGCUUCUGGUAUCAAGGGCCGCAAGCAAAGACUCAAGAGUAAAUUCGACGAGGACAAGGAGAAUAGAGAUGAAGAUCAAUUGAGCAAGUUGGUCAGUAACGAUAGCUUCAGCGGCGCGAGGCAAAUGCGUGGACGCAAGAGUCUUGUGCAAGUAGAGGCAGGGAAUAGAAUCAGCAGCUCGAUGGCUAAAGUCGAGGAAACCGGAGACAAGAACAAGGCAAACACCGAUGAUACUGAAUGGGAGGAUGCAGUCGAAAAUGUUCCUCAGGGACAUGGUAUUUCUGCUGGUGUGUUGGCGACUUCGACGUCUCAUGCGGGUAGUAUGAGGUUUUUGUAGUUGAGUUGGAGGUAAUAGAUAAUAAGCAAUAAUGAUAG